AUUGUGGAAACGAGGCUAUUGAAUGGAGUAACAAAUCUGUUGAAAAAAAAGUCUCUUCUUUCUUGUUCAAAUUUCUCUCAAUUUUCCCCAUAAAAUCCCGUGCAAAGCAUGUCAGAUUUCUUUGACAGUGAAGCUGAGGAAUCUGGCGAAGAUCUCGGCAGUGGUAGCGAAGAUGAUCAAGCAGAGGAUGAGAUAUUAGCCCAGGAAGAACGUGAAUCAGGCACCAUUGACGAUGCCAAUGAUAUUAUAAACGACGAGGAAAGUGAAGGAGGAGAUGAUGACGACGAUGAUGAUGAAGGCGAGAGCUCUCGGAGUAGAAAGAGAAAAGAUUUUGAUGAUGCAGUUGAUGAGGAGGAUCUGGACCUGAUUGAAGAGAAUCUGGGAAUCAAUUUAGACAGAAAAAGAUACAAACGUUUAAAGAAAUUAAAGCCAAUUGAUUCGGAUGAAGAAGAUGACGAUCGUGCCUCUGUUGGUGGCCACAGUGCUGAUGAACGAGAAGCUUUGGCUCAUGAGUUGUUCGAAGAUGAUGAUUUGGAGCAAUUACCUAGAGCAGCAUCUGUAACUCCAGCAGAACCAGUGGAUGACCAGUAUGCAGGUUUAGAUGAUUCAGAAUCUGAAGGAGAAGAUGAUUUUAUAGUUGAUGAUGAGAACCAACCUAUGCGUGAAAAAACGAGAAAGAAAGGAGGCAAAGUUCAGGAUAGGGCCUUGCAAGAGGCUCAGGAUAUAUUUGGCUUGGAUUUCGACUAUGGUGAGUUUGAGAAAUUUGGACAGGAGGAUUAUUCAGAAGACGAAGAAGCAGAUGAGUACGAAGAGGAAUAUAGUGAUGAUGAUGGACAGUCGAGAAGAAAAGGAAAGAAAAAAGCAUCCAAGAAAACCAUCUUUGAUGUUUAUGAACCAAGUGAGCUGGAAAAAAUUCAUCUAACUGAUCGUGAUAAUGACAUACGUAUCACAGACAUGCCCGAGCGAUUUCAGUUACGGGAAAUUCCAACAAAGCCUGCUGAAGAUGGUGAGUUAGAUGAUGAAGCAGAGUGGAUAUACAGACAAGCGUUUAUGACAAUGCCCAUUUCAAACCAAGACUUUCAAGAUGGUGAUAAACUUAUACAGUCGACAGUCACGAAGCCGCCCACAGCAAUUCCAAAGAUUCGUGAAGCUCUCAGCCUCAUGAGAAAUCAUUUCUUUGAGGUGCCUUUUAUUGCGUAUUAUCGCAAAGAAUAUGUUGAACCAGAGCUUAAAAUUGAAGAUUUAUGGCGAGUUUGGCAGUUUGAUGAAAAGUGGUGUCAGUUGAAUACAAGAAAAAAGAAUUUGAAACGAUUGUUUGAACAAAUGCAAACCUUCCAGUACAACAAAUUGAAAGAAGAUCCUGAUAAACCUUUAGAUGAAGACGAACGUAUCUUGGAACACGAUGAUAUUGAAAAGCUGGAGGCGGUACAAACAAUGGAGGAACUACGAGAUGUCUACUCUCACUUCAUGUUAUAUUACGGUCACGAGAUUCCCGCCAUGAGACUGGCAAAGAAGAAGAAACCGCAAGAAGAUGGGGAAAAAAAUGACGAUGACGAAGAAACACAAGAUGAAGAAACAGGAGAAAGACUUAAGAUGCCAAAGAGAAGAGAUUUGUACACGAUCUGUCGAGAUGCAGGUCUUGGCGGUUUUGCUAAAAAGUUUGGUCUGACACCGGAACAGUUCGGGGAGAAUUUACGUGAUAAUUAUCAACGACACGAGACCGAGCAAUAUCCCAUGGAGCCUGGGGAGGCGGCUGAAGAGCAUCUCUCCAGUAUGUUCCCGACUACUGAGACAGUAUUGGAGGGAACACGUCACAUGGUUGCCAUGCAGAUUGCACGUGAUCCACUCGUGAGACAAUGCAUUCGACAGAUAUUCAGUGAACGAGCUAAAAUUAACAUAACACCGACUAAGAAAGGAAAGAAGGACAUUGAUAAAGAUCACGAGUAUUACCCGUUCAAAUACGUCAAAGAUAAGCCGGUCGCUGAUUUGAAGGGAGAAAUGUUUCUGCAGGUGCAUAAAGCCAAGGAAGAGGGAUAUAUUGAACUGAAGAUUGGGAUUGAUAUGGGACAAGGAUUUCAUUCUUAUUACGAUGAAGCAAAGCAGUUGUACUACAGAGAUGAGUUUAGUAACCUCGUCCAGAUGUGGAAUGCACAGCGAACCCAAGCCUUGUAUCGAACAUUCUAUCAAAUGUUGUAUCCAUUAUUUGCAAAAGAACUUGAAGAGAAACUAUUACAAGAAGCUAAAGACUUUGUUAUCAAGAGUGCGUGUCGUCGGUUGUAUUCCCUUGUAGAAGUCGCGCCUUACCAAGCUGAGCAACAUGAUGACGAAGAAUAUGAUAUGUACUCUGGUCCCCAGGGCCUACGCGUACUCUCCGUGGCUGUGCCUUCAGACCCGCAGACGCCAGUGUUCUUUGUGAUGUUGAACGGCGGCGGACAAGUUGGAGACUUUCUUAAACUCAGCUUCAUCAUGAAGAAAAGAAAUUCAAACAGAGCUAAAGAACGAGAGAAGAAGGAAGAAGAUUUAGAAACAUUGAAACAGUUUGUCCUAAAGAAACGUCCUCAUGUCGUUGCCGUGGCGACGGGCAGUCGUGAUUCUCAAAGCAUUCUUGAAGACAUCAAACUUUCCAUGAGAGAACUUGAGCAGGAAAAUCAAAUUGCGCCAAUAAAUGUGGAGUUAGUUGACCAUGAAGUUGCUGAGAUAUUUGAAAAAUCUCCCAGAGCUGAGACGGAGUUUCGUGAAUAUCCAGCCAUUUUAAGACGAGCAAUCUCAGUUGGUCGGCGCAUUCAAGAUCCUGUUGCAGAGUUCUCCAGUUUGUGUAUCGACGAGGAGGAAUUAUUGUGUUUAAGACUUCAUCCAAGACAGAAUCUCAUCCCUACAGAAGAGCUGCUGAAGUCAUUACGAACGGUCUUUGUGACCGUGGUGAAUGAAGUUGGCGUGGAUCCAAACAGGGUGAUGGACUUCCCCCAUACGUCGGGUUUGAUUCAGUUUGUCUGUGGCUUAGGUCCGAGGAAGGGUUCUGCUCUGAUCAAGAGCUUACGUCAGCAAAGCAGCAAACUCGAGAACCGAUCCCAGCUUGUGACCGUCUGCGGCAUGGGACCGAAAGGCUUUUUAAACACGGCUGGAUUCAUCAAGAUCGACACGUCAUCGUUGAAUGAGAAUACAGUUAAUUAUAUAGAGGUCUUAGACGGGUCAAGAAUUCACCCUGAAACGUACGAGUGGGCAAGAAAGAUGGCGGUUGAUGCCUUGGAGUAUGAUGAGACAAACGAGGAUUCUAAUCCAUCAGCUGCUCUUGAGGAAAUCUUGGAGAGUCCUGAGCGUCUCAAAGAUCUGGAUUUAGACGCAUUUGCUGAAGAGCUUGAACGGCAGGGGUAUGGAAACAAGCGAACAACUCUCUAUGAUAUCCGUGAUGAGUUGUUUGGCCGCUAUAAAGAUCGGCGGCCGCCGUAUCGGGAAAUCUCCGUGGAGGACCGUUUCCGAUUGCUGACCGGAGAAACGAAAGAGACGCUGCAUUACGGGAAGUUGGUCACGUGUGUUGUGACGGGAUUUGCGUAUAGGAAACCGAACCGAGAAAGACUGGAUAAUGCUGACCCCGUGAAAGACGAUGAUACUGGCCUUUGGCAGUGUCCAUUCUGCACAAAUAAUACCUUCGGUGAUCUGAGCGAGGUGUGGACUCAUUUUGAUAAUGGCAGUUGCCCCGGACAGAUUGUUGGUGUUAGAACGCGACUUGAAAAUGGUAUUAAUGGUUUCAUUCCGACAAAAAUGAUUAGUGACAAACACAUUAAAUCCCCACAAGACAGAGUGAAGGUUGGUUUAAUGGUUCAUUGUCGCGUGACAAAUAUAAAUGUGGAGAGAUUCCAGGUCGACCUGACGUGUAGAUCCUCAGAUCUUGAAGACAGAGAUGGGAAAUACGGUCGCCUCAAAGAUACAUAUUUUGAUCAACCAGCUGAAGAUCGAGAUAAAAAGGCUGUGAAAGACGCGCAGAAAAAAGCAAACAGACCGAGCUACAUAAAGAGGGUGAUCGUUCAUCCUGCAUUUCAAAACAUCGCGUUUAAAGAUGCUGAAAAGAAACUAUCUGGAAUGGAGCAGGGAGAGUGCAUCGUUAGACCCAGCAGUAAGGGUUCAGAUCAUCUGACGGUCACAUGGAAGGUUGACGAGGGAAUAUAUCAACACAUUGAUAUUAAAGAACAAGGAAAACACAAUGCCUUCAGUUUAGGAAAAUCGCUUUGGAUUGAAAAUGAGGAAUUCGAGGACUUGGAUGAAAUCAUAGCUCGUCAUAUUCAACCAAUGUCGUCGUUUGCGCGAGAUAUUCUCUCCCACAAAUACUACAAAGACACGGAGGGUGGAAACAGAACAACCAUGCAGGAAAUCUUAAAAACUGAAAAAACAAAGGCUCCAAAACGCAUCCCGUAUUUCUUGUCUUCCACAAAAGAAUGUCCGGGCAAGUUUCUCCUGGGUUAUAUGCCCCGUACUAAACCUCGUAUAGAAUACGUUUCAGUGACUCCUGAUGGCUUCAAGUAUCGAGGUCGCAUUCAUGCAACAUUAAACGCUCUUUUUAAAUGGUUCAAGGAACAUUUCAGAGAUCCUAUCCCAGGUGUGUCGCCUCGUCAGCGAUCAUCAGGUGCCACAGACAAUACCCCCUACACCCCGGCGGAUUUUACUCCUGCACGAGAUUCAACCCCACGAGGUUCGACCCCACGGAACGCUACCCCGCAAGUAGACCCAUCAAAAAUCAUGCCUCAUCUUCGUCAACCGUUCCCGGGGGGUGUCCUCAAAGAUCAACAAAUGAUAACGAACUUGACCGCAGCCGUUGCUCAACAGAGCCCGCAAACUUCGCGGGGACAAUAUCAGCAGUUUGGUUAUACACAACAAUUCCCACAACAAUUUCAACAACCCACGUACUCGAGAUAGUACUGGGAAUAGUCUUGUGUCGAUCGCGUGUUAGGCUUUGUGAAAGAAUGUCCUGGAACUAGUUGGAAGCUGAAGAUUGCGUGUGUUUGUGGGUAAUUAUUUUAUGUUUCACCUACAAAAAUGCCGAGUUCUCUUUGUUUCCAGUACCUCACCUUAUCACCAUCUCCAUGACGUCGGCGUUUUCGCGGUUGAAACAGGAAAUAAUAACCUGUCCUUGUAAAAGAAUGUUUCCAGAGAUCUGUUCCCACGAACCAAUUUUGUCUGAACCAAUUUUGAACGAAUCCAAUACUCUUCUGACGUAUAACAUUGGCUGGCAUUACUCCAUUUUCUUCCCAUAUAUCUGUGACAUUAAAAGACAACACACCACAAAACAUUCAUCAGAAGUGAAUUGGAUUCGACAGAAUUGGAAACUUGCCACUGUCCUACGGUAGAAAAACUGCAGAUAACAUCACACUGAUGUUCUCAUAGAAAUGUUCAGUCAAGUUUGCUGGGAGUUGAUACAUGAUUUAGCUCAGCUUUCUUGGCUCCAGUAAGUUGAACUAAAUCAGCUGUGCUGUAAAACUUACCCAAUGCUAAAAAUAAUAAGUCAAUGUAGUUGUUAUAAGAACUCAUUAGUCAUUAAGGAGCACAAUAUGCCAAGCCAAACCUAUGUAAAAAAAAGGUAAAAAUCGCACUGGCAAAAAAAUCCUGCUUUUAUCCAUCGUGUUUUCAAAGUCUUAUGUCGAGUGACUGGAGUCGUGUAUUAAAUGGUAGUUAUUUAGGCUGUUAAAGCUUCUAAUAAUUGGUGAAAUAAGUUUUGUAUGUAUGUAUUUGGUUAUUGUGAAAUAAAU